UGUCUUCAGGAAACACUCUCCGGUUUUUCCACCUGCUGCACUCAAGAAGCCACACAGAGCAGAGGAGCCUUAAACAUUAACUCACCCUCUCUGAAACAGCUGGAGGAAAAAUAACUCUGUUUGGAGUUUUGGACUUUACCGGCGAGCAACGAUGGUUUGCGGAGGAUUUGUUUGCACCAAGAACGCACUCUGCGCACUCAACAUACUUUAUAUUAUGGUGAGUCUGCUGCUGAUCGGGGUGGCAGCUUGGGGGAAAUGGUUCGACCUGGUCUCCAGCAUCAGAGUGGUUGCAGGGGUCAUCGGCGUGGGCAUCUUCCUUUUCCUGGUCGCCCUUGUGGGUCUGUGUGGCGCUGUGAAGCACCACCAGGUCCUGCUCUUCUUCUACAUGAUGAUCCUGUUUUUAGUUUUCGUUGUGCAGUUUUCUGUGUCCUGUGCAUGCCUGUCCCUGAAUAAAGACCAACAGAACAACCUCCUGGAGAUUGGAUGGAACAAAUCUGAGAACACCCAGAAGGACGUAGAGAAAACCCUGAACUGCUGUGGUUAUUCUUCUUACAACCCCAACAGCACGUGUGCAGCUAGAUGCCAUGACAUCCCUGCACACAGUUGUCAAACGUGCUCCAGCAUCAUCACACAGUAUGCCGGAGAGGUGCUGCGGUUUGUUGGGGGUAUCGGACUCUUCUUCAGUUUUACAGAGAUCCUUGGAGUGUGGCUCGGUCACAGAUACAGAAAUAUCAAAGACCCGCGAUCCAAUCCAGGAGCCUUUCUAUAACCACUCACUGUUUAAUAAACCAAAGACAUGCACUGCUCAGAAAACUUUAUCCUCUUCACCUUGUAAAUUAAACAUCUCUGGGCACUAUUUUCUCUUAAGAUUUCAAACCAGAAUGUCCCUCAUGCUGAAUGUAUCCACACUGUUACCAUUACCGUGGUAUUGUACAGAUUGUCUCCAUAACACAAAUAGAUAUACCGGUAAGUCAUCGCAAGUUUUAAAGUAAACUGACUCAGUAAUGGCAGCACCUGUCCAAAGUUUGCUUAAAGCUAACAUCAACAACUGGUUAUACCUGAUCAAGACUUGUUUAAGGAAUAAAUCCUGAAGAGCAAUGUGUUUUUUUUUCCUAACAAAUGUAACCUUGUUUUAAUAAGUAUGUUGAAGCUACAGUCUUUCUUAGACUAGUGCUGUCAAAUUAAUUAGAUUUAAAUGAUCACAUUUUGCUGCCGUAGAUAAAGAUAAAUUAUUUUAUUUAGAAAAUAAAUACUCUUAUUCACUUUGUGACUUAGAGCUAGUUGAGAAGAUUGAACACCAUAGUUGUGUCUGUAGCUGUUGCCUACAGAUGCCUUGUGUUGAUUAGUGAGUGUUAGAGUUUCUGAUAGGUAGAUUAUACAAAUUCUAGCUUAGCUGUUUCCAGUCUUGAAGCUAAGCUAUGUUAACGGCAAGCCGGUUGUAGCCUAGUAUUAGGAACACAGACUUAAGAGUGCAAUCAGUCCUUUCAUCAAACUCUCAUCAAAAAAGCAACCGUUGGUUCGUUAAAACUACUUUGUCUCAUGAUGGAUGUCAACAGCAGCUUUCUGUGCUCUCCAUAAACACACCCUAUGCAAAUACAGAACAGGUUAGCCCCACGAUGACAGUGCUCGCCACUCCCAGUGUCACUAUUCAGUGCUGACCACACACAAUGGUGUGUUCAGGUGACAGUAGGGUGUGGGAUGUCCUAACAGCAGGAGAAGAUUAAGCUUAAAUUCAAAUCUAAGUAUUGUUGCUUGUGGACAGAUAAAAAUGCAUAUUUAUUGCUUUGUUUUCUGCAUAUAAUGCUUACUAAAUGUUAUUCCAUAAUAAUAAUUUCCUCACAACUGAAGAAAUGUACUCUCAUGAUCCAAAAUAAAAGUGUAGAGUUCCUG